AUGGCGCGUCGAGCCUUGAAACCGGUCGAGCGCAUGCAGGAGGCCUUCGACGAGGUCUUCCUUCGGCCUUGGCGCUUCCCGGUGCACGUGCAGCGCCUGCACGGCCUCGCCGAGGCGGAGCGCCGGAGGCGGGCCAGCGUGGUGGACCAGAGCGCCAUCGCGCACGGGCAGCGCUCUCUCCUGGAAGCGCGGAAGGUGGUUUAUGCCAUCGUGAGUCGGGACAGCCCACAUCUGCAGGUCUGCGUCACUAAGGUCUCCUGUGCCCAGGAUUUCUUGGAACGGGCCGCACGUGAGCUGCGUGCAACGGCCAGAGGAGGCUCCUUCACACAGAGUUCCAAGCACCGCUACGGCGCGGCGAAGACAGGGCUGGCCUUCCAAGCGCCCGAGGGGCUGCUUCUGUAUGCCUUGGAAAGCCUGGAGAGCGCCGAGCUGCCUUAUCACCGCCUCGCGCAGCAGCGUCUCCACCACUGGGCCAAGCUGUUGCAGGGCGUCACCACCGAGAAUGGAGGAGACCAGCGGACGUAG